GGUUCGCCCCGCCCCCGAGGGUCAGAGGUCAUCGGAUGGUGCGCGAUCAGAAGGAAGUCUCCUAGGUACCCAGUCCUGGGCCCAUGGCGCCGGCUCAUCACUGCCCUCUGUGCCGCCAGACUUUCUUCUGUGGUCGCGGACACGUCUACAGUCGCAAGCACCAGCGACAGCUUAGGGCGGCUUUGGAGCGGCUCCUGCCCCAGGUGGAGGCCGCCAGGAAGGCGGUCCGCGCCGCGCAGGUGGAGCGCUACGUGCCCGAGCACGAUCGGUGCUGCUGGUGUCUGUGCUGCAGCUGCGAGGUGCGGAAACACCUGAGUCACGGAAACCUGACCGUACUGCACGGGGGGCUGCUGGAGCAUCUGGCCAGCCCAGAGCACAAGAAAGCAACCAACAGAUUCUGGUGGGAGAACAAGGCUGAGGUCGGGAUGAAAGACAAGUUUCUGAUCUCCCCCCAGGAUUAUGCAAGAUUCAAGAAAUCCAUGGUGCGAGGUUUGGAUUCAUAUGAGGAAAAAGAGGAUGAAGUGAUCAAAGAGAUGGCGGCUCAGAUCCGGGAGGUGGAGUACAGCCGGCAGGAGAUGGUUCGGUCUGUCUUAGAGCCUCAGACAAUGCCAGACCCAGAAGAGGGCUCUUCAACACCUGGAAGCUGGAAAGACAAAAACAGAGUAUCUUCCAGCUCACAGCAGCCCCCCGACUUGGACCUGCCGCUAGCCCCCGAGCUUGACUGGAUGGAGACAGGACAACCUCUGACAUUCAUUGACCAUCAGGGUAUACCAGGAGUCGGCAACAUCCACUCAGGUGCCACGCCUCCCUGGAUGGUCCAAGAUGAGGAAAACAGUCCCGGGAGCCAACAAAUAGGACCCUCCUAUGAAGAAUUCCUUAAAGAAAAAGAAAAAGAGAAAUUGAAGAAACUUCCCCCAGACCGAGUUGGGGCCAAUUUUGAUCACAGCUCUAGCACCAAUGCAUGCUGGUUGCCCUCUUUUGGCCGGGUCUGGAACAAUGGACGUCGCUGGCAGUCCAGGUAUAAACCCAGUCCUAGGACCACAGCCCACUACCCCUUUGGAAAUCCCUCCCUUCAUCCUUUUGAUGCCUCAUUUCCUUUCAGGCAUCAAUUCAAAACGGAAGCAAGGAACAAACAGCGAUCACGGAAAGGAAAAACCUAAUGAUACUCUUUCAACUAUCCUAAGCUUAAAGCCAAGCCAACAAAACCCUACCUCAGUGUUGUUAUUCCUUCCACCAAAUCCUUUGUAAUUACCUUUCUUAGAAAACAGACAUACCCACCCUUUUGAUUUAAUAAAGUUUUAUUUUUCAAAAUGUA